AUGGAGAGAGAGAGAGAGAGAGAGAGAGAGAGAGAGAGGAGGGCGCUUCUCUAGGCAGUGAGGUGAGGACAGAGAAGCAUGUGACCCUCUUCACUCUGCCAAGAAGUCACGCACCAAACGCCACCAAGAAGGCAAGGACUCGCUCCGUCCCUCCCCUGCCGUCUCCUCGCAUCUUUCUCUCCCAUUUCUCCCCUUCUCUAGGUUGGAGAAUCGGAGAGAGUCGCGCGCGGCCAUGGCGUCCAGCGCCUCCCGGUUCAUCAAGUGCGUCACGGUCGGCGACGGCGCGGUGGGCAAGACCUGCAUGCUCAUCUGCUACACCAGCAACAAAUUCCCCACUGACUACAUACCUACGGUGUUCGACAAUUUCAGCGCAAACGUAGUCGUCGAUGGCACCACAGUGAAUUUGGGCCUUUGGGAUACUGCAGGGCAGGAAGAUUACAACCGACUGAGGCCUCUAAGCUACCGUGGUGCUGAUGUCUUCGUGCUUGCAUUCUCACUUGUGAGCCGAGCUAGCUAUGAGAAUAUCAUGAAGAAGGUACUAAAAUGCACUAUCUUGGUUUUUACUUUCUUAACACAUGUUAUUACAGUUCAAAUUUGUUUGGAAUUUCCUAGAGAUUUCAAUGUUUGUUUUUUGCACUUUCCUCUUCAGUGGAUACCGGAGCUUCAGCAUUAUGCACCUGGGGUGCCAAUUGUGUUGGUAGGCACAAAAUUGGAUCUUCGUGAAGACAAGCACUACAUGUUGGACCAUCCUGGUUUGAUACCUGUUACCACAGCACAAGGGGAGGAACUUCACAGACAAAUUGGUGCUAUGUAUUACAUUGAGUGCAGCUCAAAGACACAGCAGAAUGUCAAAGCUGUGUUUGAUGCUGCCAUCAAGGUUGUAAUCCAGCCUCCAACUAAACUCAGAGAAAAGAAGAAAAAGAAAUCACAACGAGGAUGUUCAAUGCUGAACAUCUUCUGUGGAAGAAAAAUGCUGUGCUUCAAAUCCUGAAUGAUUGAAGAGGUCUUGCAUGAACCAAUGUCGUGCGUGUGACCACAAGUUUGAGAAGCUUGAAGUCUGAAUGUGCUUGUUGCACAUGUGUAUAUUUGCAUCUUUUGGUUAUUAAUCACUAUGGGUAGAUGAUUGAAACUAGUCUGCUUAUGCGUUGCGCACUACUAGUGUGGUUAGCUCUCGGAGUUGGGCAGUUGGACAGAGGCCAAUGAGACAAGGAGAUUUUUUUUCUUUCAUAGCAAUGGCACAGCUUUUGUGACUCUGAUCUCAUCGUAUUGUCUGUUAGUUUAUCCCAAUGGUAGAAUCAAUCCAUAGCAAACUGUGUUGAAUGAGCUUUUACUUGUCUUGAGCAUAUAAUGUUCCAUUCUUAGUGAAAGAUUGCACUGAGAUUUUAAAGCU